AUGUCGGGGUGGCCCGCCCUGACAACCGGGGGCGGGCGGCUCGGUGGCACCCGCCUCUUCCGUUCCGUUCCGGUCCGGUGUACGACAACGGGGGGGGGGCGGCUCGGUGGCACCCGCCUCUUCCGUUCCGUACCGUUCCCCUCCCCUCCCCUCCCCUCCCCUCCCCGAGCGGCGAUGGAAGCGGGCCCGGAGGAGGCCCCGCCGUGGGUGGUGCUGGGCCCGCGGCCCCGCGGGGAGGCCCCGCCGCCCCCGCCGGGGAAGCCCCGCGGCAUCUGCUCGCGCUCCUACUUCCUGGUGCUCAUGGUGUUCGUGCACCUGUACCUGGGCAACGUGCUGGCGCUGCUCCUCUUCGUGCACUACAGUAACGGGGACUCCCCGGAGCCCGACCGGCCCCAGGCCAACGCCGCCGCCAACGCCGCGCCCCCCCCGCCGGGCCCCCCCGCCCCGCCCAUCCCCUCCCUCCCCCGGCUCGAGGGCAUCAAGGUUGGCUACAAGCGGAAGGUGGAGCUGAUUCCUAACCAAGAGCAUUCCGUGAAAACUCUCAGUCUGAAACCCCUACUCUUUGAAAUUCCCAAUUUCCUAAAUGAGGAGGAGUGUAAGCUAAUUAUCCACCUGGCCCAACUAAAGGGGCUGCAGAAGAGCCAGAUCCUACCAACCGAAGAAUAUGAAAACGCCAUAGAAAUGUUUGAAAUCAGCCAGUUGGAUAUAUUCAACCUGUUGGAUCAAAACCAGGAUGGGCAGCUGCAGCUCAAGGAGGUUCUGACACACACCCGCCUAGGGAAUGGCAGAUGGAUGACCCCCGAGAACAUCCGGGAGAUGUACACUGCGGUCAAGGCCGAUCCUGACGGCAACGGUGUUUUGAGUUUGGAGGAGUUUAAGCGAUUAAACCUCAGGGACUUCCACAAGUACAUGGGGAGUCAGAAGGUGAAGAUGAGCGACCUAGUGCGCAACAGCCAACACACAUGGCUCUACCAGGGAGAGGGGGCCCAUCAGGUCAUGAGGUCCAUCCAACAGAGGGUGCUGCGCCUCACCCGCCUGCCCCAAGAGAUCGUGGAGCACAGCGAGCCUCUGCAGGUAGUGAGAUAUGACCAAGGAGGCCAUUAUCAUGCCCACAUGGACAGUGGUCCGGUGUUCCCCGAGACGGCUUGCAGCCACACCAAAUUUAUCACCAACGAAACGGCCCCCUUUGAGACCUCUUGUCGCUACGUGACGGUGCUGUUUUACCUGAACAACGUCACCGGGGGAGGAGAGACGACCUUCCCUGUGGCUGACAACAGGACCUACGACGAGAUGUCCCUGAUCCAGAACGACGUCGAUCUCCGAGACACCCGGAAACACUGCGACAAGGGGAAUCUGCGAGUGAAGCCCAAGCAGGGCACGGCUGUCUUCUGGUACAAUUACCUGUCUGACGGGCAAGGUUGGGUGGGAGACCUGGAUGAGUAUUCACUGCACGGAGGUUGUCUGGUCACCCAAGGGACCAAGUGGAUCGCCAACAACUGGAUCAACGUGGAUCCCAGUAAAACGCGCCAGAUCCAGUUCCAGCGGGAGAUGGCCCGUUUCUCCAAAGAAGAGAGUGAGGCCCACGCGGAUUGGAACACGGACAAGUCCUACAGGAAUGUGCACUUGGAGCUCUGAGGCUUUGCAGCACAGGGAUCAGCCUCUCCAGUACCCCCAAGAGAACCUCGUUGCAGUCACCGGUUUAGUUUUGUUUGCCUUGGGCCUAUAGCUUUCCCUCCUCCCCGCCGUGGGGGAGGCUCCCCAGAAGGAGCCUUCGCAUCUCUCAGGGUGCCCGGCGGCACGUUGAGAAUGGAGGUUUGAGGUGACGGGAGAGUCCGAGUGAAGAGCGGUCUCUGAACCUAAAGGCAAAUUAUAUGACAUCACCCUCGGGGGGUGGGGGGAGUGGGUUAAAAAAAAACAACCAAAAACGCUGCAGCCCUAAGCCUCCACCCCAGGAAACGAAGGCCCGGGGUGACCUCGCUGUCGCCUGGGCUUCUAGCUGUCCCUUUAGAGAUCUGGAUUUUCCCAUCUAUCCCCCAGUGGCCCAAGUAACAUCCUUUGUAACAGCCGGCGGGUUCUCCCGGAGUACAGCUUGUUUCCCGCAGGAAAGAGAGCACCUCACUCGGUGAAGGGCGGGAGAGGGCCGGAAGGCAGUGGUGGGGGAGAGGCCGGCUCGAUCCGCUUCACGCCACCUCCGUACCUCGUGAGAAGUGAAGUCACCUAGCCAGUCGCAGGAAUAAGACCAGUGACGCUAGAGCACGAGCUGGCUUUUUGCCGCAGGGUCUAGAGGAAUUUGCGGGGACGUCGGCCGAGCCCCGCAUUUGGGGGGCGCUUUGCGGUCACCUGCCGCGUGCAGCUCCCCAGGAAUUUCUCCCCGCUUUUUCUAUUCCGUCAUCUCGUUUCAGCCGAGGCUUCACGCCUCAGGGAUCUCCGUGGCCAUCAAACCUACGGGCUGCAGCUUCCGGGCCCAGAAUCAGUAGGCCGGCUGCUGCCUGGAACCAAGUCGGAGGAGAAGGUCAAGGCUGCGGCCGUGCCUGGGGUCCCCGAUAGUAAUGAUUUCCUCUCGGGGGUCGACGGGUUAUCUCGGUGGGUUUUCAGGUUAGGUCACUGGGGAGGGGAGGGAAAGGGAGCAUUUGAAGUGCAAUAGAAUUGGAACCGUAUGGAACGGAAAAACCAGUUCCUUUCGAAACCCGCGCCCUGCGUGAGCGGCUCGGAAACGUUGGCCUGUUUCCUAGGGGCUCACGCCGAAGAGUGCCCCGUUGCGGCUUCUGCCUAGUUCCUUUCGGGGCCAGGGGGGUGAUGCCUGCUCAUCUUUGGAGGAGGGGAGCCACUGCAGUGUCUUUCUUGUUUCCACCUGCCCGGUGCCCGUGAAUACCAAACAUAUGCAAGUAGUGGGUGUCGUGAACAGCCCCAUUCCUCAUACAUUGAUAUAUGCAAAUGUUCCUAAGCUUAAUCGGGGCUCCGUGGGGAGGGGUGAUUGAUUAUCUUUGCGCCACCCACCCCCUGCAACAAACCUCUCACCUCCCCCCGAGCCCUUGAGAAGAACUAAGCCAAAGAGACCGCUCUUUAUUUCUUGCCCCGGGCACGGGUGCUGGCCUCCAUUCUGGGACCUGCCGGUGGAGAGGUUUUCUCCACCGGGGAUUUACAGGGCGAGGGAGAGGGGGGAAAAAGGCGAGGGGAGGAGGCGGCAGCAAUAGCGAGCCUGAUGGAGCCGCAAGAGAAGGGUCCGCUUCAGCUCUAAGGAGCAACCACCGCUGUCGGGGGAGAAUCCCCAUCUUCGUUCAUUGAUUCAGUCGUAUCUAUUGAGCGCCUACUGUGUGCAGAGCACCGUACCGAGCGCUCGAUCUCCCGGAGAUGGGAGUUCCGAGCUGGUUUGGCAGCAGGAGCACGGAAAGUUAAGUCAGCACGGAAGGUCCGUGAACCCACCGCUGCUCGAAGACCCCUCCGAAGCAGCCCUGGAAGGGAAAGAGCUCGGAAAUGUCGCCUCGGGUUAUAGCUGAUCGUCUCUGCGUUCUCAUUUUAAGACUACCGGGUCAAGUUGGACCCUAGCGCUGUGUGAUUAGGUAAGCACCACAUGACCAUUCGACUUGCUCCCGCUUUCCCUUCUUUUCUCCCUUCCCCAAACAAGCCGAUGACCUUGGGAACACCAGCGUGGGACUUGGACUCCCACUGUAGGUAAACCGCCGUCCCCGUGUGUGCCGAUUGCACUUAGACCCUCAUAACUCUGGGGAGAGGAGGCGGGCGGAAGCAGUGCCCGCUUCAGGGCAACUUAUUAAAAAAAAGCGUCUUUCCCUACUCACGAACGUAUCGGUUCCGGAAGGGGUUUCCAAUCCUUUGGGGCGGCAACUGUUGGAAACAGAACGGGUCGACUGCCUGAUUAGCGGCUCAACCCUUGGUGAAAAGAAACGCAGGAAAGGAAAAGUGGGCUGGUCUCUACAGUAGUAGUAGUAGUAUUUAUGAAGUGUCCACUGCGUGCAGAGCACUGUGCUCCUCAGCAGGCAUUCACUGCUCCGGGAUUCUGGAGACCCGGGCCCUAGGCCUGGUUCUGCCCAUCACCGGCUAACGCCGGGGAAAACCGCAUAUGCACUUGACAACGGGCCUCGCCCCCGCCCAGCCGCUCGCUCGUCGCCCUCUGCGCCCCAGCGGAAACACGAUGGGCAGGGACGAGAGGGAGCGUGAGAGCCGCCAGUUUCUUUGCGCCGUCAUCUUCCGCAGAGCUCGGCUCGGGUCAGUGCUGCCGUCUACUAGCCACAGAGACACCCAGCAGGCCCUUUUCCUCGGGGGGCCGGCUGAGCUGCUCCCUGGCUGGCUCUUUCCCUGACUCUCGCUCCGCCAAGCAGUCGGUCGGUGGUGUUUAUUGAACGCUGCGUGCAGAGCACCGUACUGAGCGCUUGGGAGAGUACAAUGCAACCAAAUUAGGGGACACGUGCCCUGCCCACGAGGAGCUUACGGUCUAGAGGGGCUUUAUUUUGGUAAAGCCCCCUUGGCAGGCUCCCUCUAGCUUGUUUUAGAUUCGGUGGGUCCUAGAAGAGUUGCAGGGUUUCACGGCUGACCACCCCCCCCGUCACCCUCUUUCCUUGCCACCAGAAGAGACGUAGAGAUCCUCUUUGAUUUUACAUUAUUUUUCACAAGCUACUGGGGCUCCACAGAUUUCCCGAGCAUUGCGUUUGCUUCUCUCCUAGAAAAGCCUGAGGCCUAUUAUCCCAUCAGCAGGCUCUAGAUGUAAAUAGUCAACAGAAACACCUGUGGCUAACCUUAGAUUAGUUCAAAUGACUUGCAUCCCUUACUGCAUGUGCAAGUAACUGACAAACUCAGACAUUAGGUUGAAUUGUGUACUCUUCUCCUGGGACUCCUCCUAAGUUAUUCAUUCCCUUAUUUAAUAUUUAUUUUAUUUAUUGGAUGCAAACACAAGGCUGUUCUAAAAAAAAAACAAAACAAAGCAAUUAAAACGCUU